AUGAAUAAAAAGCCUAAUGGUGAAGGGAUCUUCAAAUGGAUUAAUGGUGAAUAAUAUAUUGGUUAAUGGUUGAAUGCAUAGAAACAUGGAAUUGGCUAAUGGAAUGGAGUUGAAGGAGAUUCAUACAUAGGAUAAUGGGUUAACGGUUAAUAGGAUGGUUUAGGAGAACAUAAAUGGAAUGGAAAUGUCUAUUUUGGUUAAUGGACUAAUUCAGUAAAGAAUGGAUAUGGAAUUGAGUAAUUCUAAAAUGGUGAUAAAUAUAUAGGAAACUAUUUUUAUGGUAAACCUCAAGGCAAUGGUGAAUAUAGAUGGUUAGAUGGUUCAAUUUAUUAAGGAUAAUUUUUAGAGGGAAAAAGACAUGGACAUGGUAUAUGGAGUAAUAAACUAGGUUUAUCUUAUGAAGUAAAAUUAAUAUUGUAAAUUAGGGAGAUUAUGAAAAUGAUUUAAAACAUGGUAAAGGGAAAUAGAUAUAUUAAGAUGGCAGUUAUUAUUAUGGUUAAUUUAUAAAUGAUAUGAGGGAUGGUUAAGGAACUUAUCAUUAAAGUAAUGGAGUAAUAAUUGAAGGAUUAUGGAAAGAUAAUAGAUUUAUAGGUUGUAGCAUUCAUGAUUCAUAUAGAUAAAGGAAAGAACAAUAAUUAACAGACUAAAAUUAGAGGAAUCAUAUAUUUGCACUAAAUAAUUGGUAAAAUUAGAAACUUAAUUUAUAAUUGAAAUAAGGAUCUAAAUUAAAUUAAUAUAGUAGGGCUACUUCAACAAAUUAAUAAAGAUCAUCUGGUUUAUCAAGAAGCAAAAGGAAUCCUAAAUCACCAUCUGAUGAUUUAUAAGAUGUUUCUAUAGAUGAGGCAGAAAGGACAAUAAAGAAAAAGAAAAAUUAUAAAUCUUAAUAAACAAAUUAUUUAUUGAUAAAUAAUAACAAAAAAUCAAUAAAAAAUGUAUUUGUAUUUUGA